UCUUGUUGGAUCUGUAGUCACUGGUGAUCUUUGAUGGAAUUUGGGUUAGGUUUGAAUGAAUUGUAUACUACGUUUUACAAUCCAUUUGUGAUUAUCACGAUAUUAUUUUUGAUAUCAUAGAUUAUCGUAUAUUUAUAACGUAAGGUAUUAAAACAUGCUUCGAUUCGGCGCUAGAACUGUCCGUAAUGCUUUAGGAAGCAGAGCUUUCGCAAAUGCACCGGCUACGGAACAAGCAAUUUCAACCACCUUUAAAGUUCAAGAUCCAAAAGAUUUUAAUGAACGUGUGAAAAACUCUAAAGUACCUGUGAUCAUUGACUUUUUCGCAACAUGGUGCAAUCCCUGUCGCAUGCUUACACCACGUAUAGAAUCGGUAGUUGCAGAAAAACAAGGAAAAGUUUUAUUGGCAAAAGUUGACAUUGAUGAGAACAGUGAUCUUGCAUUGGAUUAUGAGGUAGGGUCUGUUCCAGUAUUGAUUGCAAUGAAAGAUGGAAAGGUUUUAGAUAGAAUAGUUGGUCUUCAAGAUGUAGAUAAACUCAAACAAUUUGUAGAUAAGUAAUAAGUGUAUAGUAAAAAAUACCAUUCUUUUGUAAAUUAUAUCCUUGACUGUAUAAAUUGUUAAUAUAUAAGGAAUUGCUAAAUAAAUAUCUCACAUAACAAACAGGGAAGAUGGGAAAUAUACAAAACAUGUAAACAAUGUAUUAUAAAAAUGAUUAAAAUGAAAUGGUUUGUCAAUGUCUUGUUACAAUUUCAAUGAAAUUAUGUCUCAGUAGGUAAAGCUUGUAAAAGCUUUCUUGCCCUUUGAUAAGCAACAGAUUCAAUUUCAUCUUUGUUUUCUCCAUUUUCUUCUAUUUUUCUUAUGAUAUCCAUACCUUGUUUUAGAAGCUGUUCUCUUGCCAUUCCUUUACAUCCUUCAAAGUACUCUAACACUAUAGGAAAUACAUCAUCUGGGAUUGA